AUGACGCUUGUCAAACAACACCUCAUUGUUGCGACAAUAUGGUAUUUUAUAAAAACCGAAUCCGCCCCUGGAAAUCUAACCGAUCUGGACGCGUGCAAAGUAUCCCACCUGGGCGUUGAAUUCAUCGGGAAGAUCGGAAGAACCGAAGGCCUGGUGAGAUGCCAGUCGUGGACAUCUUCCGUACCGCACGCCAUCCCCGCCGACAUAACCGACGAAAACUUCCCGGAGAAAUCCAAGAAACUGGCGAGGAACUACUGCAGGAACCCCACCGCUGACCCGCUGGGGCCCUGGUGUUACACCAUGAAAUCGGACCUGCUCUACGACACCUGCGCGAUACCUUUAUGCAGGUUCACCGAAUGCAAACUAACCGGACCAGGAAUGGAAUACUCCGGCGUGCACAAGAAAUCCUCAUCGACGAGGAACUGCCUGAAAUGGAACAAAGACAGGAAAGAAGUGAAAACCGGCGGGCGAUACGCCUCGGCGCCCAAGUACCCCAAAACCCGCUUCCCCGACGACUCCCUGUCGCAGGCGAAGCGCUUCUGCCGCAACCCCGACGGCGACCCGGGCGGGCCCUGGUGCUUCGUCGAAGACGAGCUCACCGGCGACGUGGAGAAGGAGUACUGCGACGUGCCGUUCUGCGACGAACCCGACUGCAUGGCGUUCACCAAGAACUCCGAUCGCUACGCGCUCUACACCCACUUCAACAGCACCUCCAGCAACCUCACGUUCGGCGUGAAACUCUGGCACGCCGACGCCCACCCGAACGCCAGCGCCAGGCUGGUGCUGUCGCUGCUGCCGAUGCCGCUGACCGGCGCCGACAUCGGCGCGUCCGGCGCCGGUUUGGAGAUCCUCAUCGGCAACAACUACUCGGCGCUGCGCUUCGGCAACAAAGACGCCCGGCCCGAUUACGAGGACACGGCGGGCGCGUUGAAAUCGACCGGUUUCACGGCGUUCUCGUUGGGCUGGCACGACGGCUUCCUGUCGUUCGGCUACGCGGGGCGGAUCAAACCGAUCUUCUUGGCCGAAUAUCGCACUAAAAACAACCUGUUGGGCUACAGGAUGAACCGGUUUCGCUACUACUCGGCCCAAGGGACGGACGUUUUGUGGUCGUUUCCGUUUUGCAAGGACGAUUUCGGUUGCGACGUUCACACCACCGUCGGCGGUGGGUUCGAACGGUUCUGGCCGUUGAGGGAGAAGGGCGCCGGUUUCGAUUUGUACGUGUACGUUAGAGCCUUCCGCUCGGCCCGAGUGUUGUUCGUCGCCUCGCCAGCCGUGGAUUAUCCACGCGUUAAACUCACGCUAGGCGGUGGAGAUAACGUUACGAGUGUAGUAGCCGUGGAUUACUCGGGCGCCGGCGAACGAAACCUCAUGGACAUUCGAGUGGAGAACAUCCUGGAUUAUUGGACGUGGAAGGAGUUCUCCAUAGAUUUUUUUUCGAACAUCAUGUCGAUCUACGUGGAGAAACCGCUCGGAUUGCAGUCGAUGGGCGAGCUCACCGACGCGGUGUUCCGCAACUUGCGCUGGUUCAGCGUGAGCUCGGAGAAUUCCGUCGCCCAUUGGAGUUUCUACUGCGCCCCGCCGCCCGGCGCCGCUCCCCCCAAGGCCUAUCUCCCCGAAUGCGCGCUCAACGCCCGGGAAUCCCAUUACAAAGGCACCCAGGACGUGACCUCGACCGGUUUGCCGUGCUUGCCUUGGUCCGCGAGUUCGCUAAUAGGCGAAGAUUUUCACGGAACGAUUCCGGCCAAAAGGUUGUUGAAGAUGCGGAACUACUGCAGAGAUCCUUCGAACGAAGACAAGGGAACGUACUGCUACGCAGCGGUGAAUAACAUCGCUAAGAAAACCUACUGCAAUAUCAGAAAAUGCAAAUCGGAGCAAUGCAAAAUCGCUGGCACCGGCAACGAUUACAGCGGCACGUUGCACGUCACCAGAUCCAACAGAACCUGCAUCUCCUGGGUACCCAAAGCGAACUCUACACCGAGCCCCGCGAAAUCCUGGAACAGCACCCUAUUCCCGGAAAAUUCCGCUUCCAAAGCGCUGAACUUCUGCCGGAAUCCGUCGCGGAACCCGUCGGGCAGCUGGUGCUACACCUCGGAUCCCGUUCUGCGCGAGGACGCGUGCGACGUGCGCGACUGCGACAAGCCGGAGGAGUGCACCGUCGUCGUGCGGACGACGCACAAGGGCCGGAAGGUGUUCGUGCUGCCCCAAUGGAAGGAGUCGGGCCACCACGGCGGCCUGCGGUUCUCGCUGAAGCUGUGGAAUCCCGACGAGCCGGACGGCGUCGCCUUCAGGAUCACGCCGAUCGGCGACGCCGGUAGUUUGACGUUGCAAAUCGGCGCCGACGACAACCAAAGGAUCGUGCUGUUGAAGGACGGUCGCGUCGUGGAGAGGAAGACCAUGCCGCAUUUGAUCGGAUCAGGUAGAUGGACGGACAUGUGGCUGCAGAUGCGAACCGGCGAGAUUCGAUUGGGUUUCGAAGGCGUCCCGACGUCGCUGUUCGAAUGGACCGCUCCCGACGCGCGGCGGGAAUUCGAUCCGGCGUUUCUCAGCUACUCGUCGAUGGCCGGCAGAGGGAUAGCGUUGUGGUUCAAGUGCGACGAAUGCCACACCGAGAACUCCACGUCCUUCGACUUCGGCCACGUCUACCCCGUGGGUUUCUGGUCCGACGAACGACCGCUGUUCGACAAUUUGACCCUGCUACUAAGAGGCACCGGCUACAUAGUCAUCAAGCUGAUGACCCUAAUCGAACACUCGAGCUUCUACAAUUUGGUAAUCGAUACGGACGACGACCAACUGCUAUUCCUCAGAAUCGAUAACUACAACGACAAGUUCUUGCUACAAACGGAUACUGCGAAGAACCUGCUGGCGACGGACGCCUGGAGCACGUUCGUGAUAUCCUUCAACGAAACCCGCUUCGUAGUGAAGAAGAACAAUCAAACGAUCAUGCAUUACGAGAAUUCAGAUCCGAGGGACAGACCGCUGGCUGUGUACUGGUUCUCGAUAGCGCCGCAAGCGGGCUGGGUGGUCUGGUCGGCGAAUUGCGAGGCCUUGGACUUGGACGGGGCGCCGCGCGACGGCGGCUGGUCCGCCUGGUCGCCGUGGACGUGCUCGACGCCAUGCGGCGGCGGCGACGGCUACAGGACCAGGACGUGCUCCAAUCCCAGACCGAACGUCUUCGGGAGAUUGUGCACGGGCGCGGCCACCUCCACCGGCACCUGCAACCAAUUCCCCUGCGGCGACGUCAAUCCCGAAACGCUCGAAUUGGCAAGGGACGAUUUGCAGCGCCGCAAUUUGAGUUACGUGGUGAAAGAAGGCUCGGAGGUUUGGCUGCGAAACGACCAACGCCUGCUCGAUCUAAUAGCGAGAGAUUCGCCGAAAGCUUACUACGAGUGGACUUUGAACGGGGUGUUCAUCAAACCGGAGCCGGAUAGGGUGCUCUUUCGUUCUGACGACGUCCAUAUAAAAUCCGCCCUGCCGAGGGACUCCGGCCUGUACGCGUGCAUGCUGUUCAGGAUCAACAAGCAACGAUCGGUGAUCCGGAUCGCCUCGCUGGCCGUCAUCUCCAGCGGCUACGACUACGACACCAGGGCGACCAGGCCGCUGAAGUUGCCCUGUCACUCGAUCGUCUUGGGCUACGUGUACUCGGACUUGAGCCUGAAGAUUUACGCUAACGAUAAGUUGGUGGCGGAUCGCGGCACCGCCGCCUUGGCGGCGGUGGACACGCACGCGGUGGAGAGCCUGCGAGAGGAGGAUUCGGGCGAGUGGAAGUGCGUGGUCGAGCAGAAGGACCUGCGGCUGCGCUGGGUGACGAACUACGCGCGGGUGAACGUGAAGAAGGCGCCCAACGCGUUGACGCAUCUGAUGGAGGACGAGCUGACGAGGCCGAUUUUCGGGCGGAUGGGCGGCGAGGCGGCGGUCGCGGCCGCUUUGGUUCUGAUAGUGGCGCUGGUGGCGGUAUCGGUGGCGGGGUUUUUGGUUUUGUACAAGAAACAUUGCACGCUGAAUGCGAAGAAAUUGAGCAAUAACAGGCGAUAGUGCGCUUGAACUUUCGAUAAACUCUAACAGCUACUUUUGCCAUUGACUUUACGAUUAUUUGCGAUGUUGUUCGCGACCUGCGAGAAUCGCAUGGCGUUCACUCGCAGGAGUGGCCCGAUUUAUACAGGAUGGCUCGUUGAUAAAUACAGCGCGCACAAACUAAACUAUUCUCAUCGCAUUCGAACUUAAUAAUUGUAUAAAUGCAGGUAAAAUAUUUCACGUAAUUAAUAACAACUCACCUGGUGGUAUUCGUCGAAAUAAUAAUAUUUUGUAUACCGAGGACAUAUCGAAGAUUCAUCACGAAUCGCCUUGUGUAAGCUAAUGGUAAUCUCGACGAAAAUAUCCGCGUAUCAUUAGAGUUAAUGCCUGAUUGAUGAGCUUGCAGUUACUCCCUUUAUUUCCUCAUUCAAACUCGAUCGGUGUAUGUAAAUUAUUCGGAUUUUUAAUUAACCAGAGUUUGCUUAAAAUAACGUUGUGGAGGAAUUUUGUUUUGAAGUUUUUAUAAAAAUUUAGUUAAAAAAUAUAAUAAUAAUUAAUUAGUAGUAGUCUAUUUGUCCUAUUUGCUAUGUUAUCGUUGGCCAACAUGGAAAAUCCUAACGAAAUAAAAU